CAUUCUGUUACGUAUAAAAAACAAGGCAAGAAUGAAUUUAUUCCCCUCAAAUUCAACAAUCACAUUUUAUUAGAAUCAAAAAUCAAUCGUGCACUGCCGAACACUCCAAGAUGGGUAACCACUUGGUAGGAAUCGCUCCUAGUCAAAUAUUUCCUGUCGAACACUACUUGACAGAUCACAGCGAUCUCCUGUUUGACAUAAACCUCGGAAGCACGAGGUUCUUCAAAGUGGCUCGUGCAAGAAGCCAGGAGGGCCUGAUCGUCGUGAAAGUGUUCGUGAUUCAUGAUCCAACGCUACCACUGUCAACAUACAAGGAUAAACUGGAGGAGAUAAGAUCGAAAUUGGCUUCUGCUGUCAACUGCUUACCCUUUCAACGAACCAUACUCACGGACAAGGCUGGAUUCAUCAUGAGAGAAUACGUGAAAUACUCACUUUAUGAUAGAAUCAGCACGCGACCUUUCCUGUCUACUAUUGAGAAGAAAUGGAUUACGUUUCAAGUUCUUUAUGCUCUGCAUCAAGCGCACAAGUUUGGCGUCUGCCACGGAGAUAUAAAACUCGAAAACAUAAUGAUUACCAGCUGGAAUUGGGUAUUGCUGACGGACUUCGCAAGCUUCAAACCAACGUAUUUACCUGAGGACAAUCCCGCAGAUUUCUCUUACUUUUUCGACACUUCCAGGAGAAGGACAUGCUACAUUGCCCCGGAACGUUUUCUAAAAACCCUAUCCUCCGAGUUGAGCAGUACCCUCCUCCUGCCAGAGCAGGAGCUAAAAACGGGUGACCUGCACCCAACAAUGGACAUCUUCUCAGCGGGCUGUGCCCUAACCGAGCUCUACAACGAGGGCCACCCGCCCUUCGACUUCUCGCAACUGCUGGCCUACAGAAACAGCGAAUACUCCGCCACCAAGCACUUGGACAAAAUCGAAGAGCCAGGAAUCCGGGACUUGCUGGCCUCAAUGCUAGAGAAGAGCCCCAGUAACCGCAAAAGUGCUGAGAUUUACCUGUCCCAAGCGCGAGGAAAAAUAUUCCCCGAGUACUUCUACUCCUUCCUCCAGUCCUACAUGCUGAUCUUCUCGGCAGCGCCGAUACUCUCCCCCGACGAGAAGAUCAAUCGUCUGAGGAAGGACAUCGGCAACAUCAUCAGCAUCAUCCUGAAGAGUGAGGAGGAGACAGGGUUGCACAGAAACCCGAGUGAAGAGUCCGAAAAGCCCCCGAAGAAACCAGGGGACAUAGAGCUGAGUCGAGAGGACUCAGCCUGCCAGAGCGAGGAGAACACGAUGAUCGAGGACGACAGUGACCAGAGCCUCGAGAAGACCUCGCCAACUCCAGAGCUGAACGCCCCAGAGAGCGCCCACGACUCCCCGACCGACGAGCCCCCCAGCAAAGGCCCCCCAAACGGUCAAAAAUCACCGGAAAAACCCGAGGGACUGAUCCUGAUAACCCAACUGGUGACCUCCUGCAUCCGAGGCCUCCACCACUCGCAGUCGAAGCUCCAGAGUCUGGAGAUCCUCCUCGAACUCGCGGAAAACACAUCCGACGAAACAAUUCUCGAUCGAAUUCUCCCCUACAUAUUCCACCUCGUCCACGAUCCUGCCCCACGUGUUCGAGUAUCCGCCAUUCACACCCUGACAAAAUGCCUGUACCUGGUGAAGACAAUUCCCCCGAGUGACGUCAACAUCUUCCCCGAGUACAUCCUCCCAGGCUUAUCCCACAUAACUCAGGACGAGGCUGUGAUAGUGCGAUCAGCAUACGCCGAGAAUAUAGCCCACCUGGCGCACAUAGCCCUUCGUUACCUGGAGAAUGCACACCUGACGAAUGUGGGAAACAAGGAGGGCCCCAAGCCAAAUUACGACAGUGAGCUGCAGACACUUCACGAGAUGGUGCAGCAGUCGGUGUCGAUGCUCCUGACGGACUCGUCGAAUCUCGUUAAGCAGACGCUGAUGGAGAAUGGCAUCAACAAAUUGUGUGUUUUCUUCGGCAAGCAGAAGGCAAACGACGUGCUGCUGAGCCACGUGAUAACAUUUCUGAAUGACAAGGAUGACAAGCAACUUCGUGGCUCGUUCUUCGAGUGCAUCGUCGGAGUGGCUGCGUACGUCGGCUGGCACAGCAGUCCCAUCCUGAUGCCCCUGCUCCAGCAGGGCUUGACAGAUCCUGAGGAGUUUGUCACGAAGAAGGCGAUCAAUGCCAUGGCGACUCUGACAGAGCUCGGUCUCCUGCACAAGCCUGCUCUCUACCAGCUGCUGUCUGAGACAGUUGUCUUCCUGGUCCACCCCAAUUUGUGGAUCAGACAUGCCACUGUUGGCUUCAUAUCAGCAGCAGCUAGAACCCUCAAUCUCGUUGAUGUGCAGUGCAAGGUUCAAGUUAUGAUCCAGCAGUACCUCAAGUACUCGCUCAUUCAGAUCGAGAAGGAAGUUCUGCUGCUGGAGGCACUGGUACCACCGAUUCCUCGAGUGGUGUUCGAUUCAGUGAUAAAGUACAAUGACAUUGACGAGUUGAUUCGAGCCUUUGAGGAGAGAAAGGCAGCCAGGUCGAAGGCAAUAACGGGAACUGUUCCUCAAUACAGUGACACCAGCACAUCACUGAGGAAUUUAUUUCGCAGAUUAAACUCCGAAUCGAUGAGUGAAACCGUUGAGGACCAGUUGCUAGCCAUGAAACAACACUUGAGCAAAAUAAAUAAGUACAGAUUGUCUGGUGACACCAAGCAGAGUGCAAUUAAGUCAGCUAAUGAUGGUAAACUCGAGCUCAGCACCAUGAAGGAGACCGUUCGCCAUCACAUUGUGAUACUUUAUCCCGAUGGCAAGAGUGAGAUAGGUUUGGCGUACAAAAAAUUUGAUAAACGAACGUCCGAGAGCUCUCACUACUCCAUGAAUCAAGAGUGGAGGACAAUGUUCGCUGCUAAUGACACUAAUCAAACGAGUCUCAAGAUCAGUGAUAUGAGCAACAGUGGCUCCAGCCCCAGUCCCAUACACAGUGGGGACAUUCAUCUGUCGCCACAGCAAUCUAGUCUAGCUGACAUCAACAGCAUGAACGACCACUCCCUGCAUGAGCGGUCGUACAUCCAGUACAGGUGUGCCCCGUGCAGACUCGAGCUACGUAAAUUGACGUACAGGAAGCAAGAGCAGCACGGAGCUGCCCUGAGAGCUCAGCAUUGGGCGGACAAUAUGACCUGGCAAGCAGGUACGCGGCUGUUGCCCAGUGGCUGGAGGCCUCGAGGCGUCUCAGUGGCCUAUCUCCACGAGCACAGAGCAGCUGUCAACCGUUUAGUCUCCAUUCCCGAGUCAGGAUUAUUCGCCAGUUGUGCAGCCGACGGAUGCGUGAGAAUUUGGGACGCCAGUAAAAUGGAGGGGAGGAAUAUAGCUAAUCGAUCGAGGCAGACGUAUGUCCACCGAGGUGGACCCCUCGUUGGCCUCGCUGUCUGCGAGCAAGGCCAGUCCCUGGCGAGUUCUGCUAGUCAAUCGGGCUCGGUUUUCGUUCUGCGAUUGGAGCCCAGCUCCAGUAAAAUGACGAUUGUCAACUCGAGGCAGCUGGAUCUCCAGGAGGAGGGAUGCGCUGUUGACCUCCAGUAUCUCGACUCUGGGUCACAAUCUGUGCUGAUCUAUGCCACGUUGUAUGGGUCGUUGGUUGGAUGGGACCUGAGGUGUCCAGGGAUUGCCUGGAAGCUGGAGAACGAUUUGAAGCAUGGGGUUAUCACGUCGUUCUGUGUCAACAAUUGUCAGCAGUGGCUGGCACUUGGGACAAGCUCGGGGGUUCACAUAUGCUGGGACCUCAGGUUUCAACUGCCUAUCAGCAGUAUUAAACAUCCCAUUGGGGCCAGGGUCAGGAAAGUUAUCACUCAUCCCACUGAGCAGUCCUGGAUUAUAUCAGCUGUGCAGGGUAAUAACGAGAUUUCUAUGUGGAAUCUUGAGACUGGGUUCAGGCAGAUUGUACUCUGGGCCUCGGGGGCACCUCCUCUCAGUCAAUCGCAGGAGGGACACAGCGUUUGCUCCAUGCAUGCAGGGACUGUUGACAGGUCUGGCUUCCUCUUGGCUGGGGGAACUGACAUGAAGUUGAGGUUUUGGGAUCUCAAUACGCCCAAUGAGUCCCAUGUGGCGUUGCCGGCUGCUAGUGAUGUCAUUACGUCGAAUUCGUUGGUUUAUGAACAAAGGCUGAUUGAUGGAACGAAUGUUGUGCAGGAGGUGCUCGCUGGCGGGGGGCCUGUUGGCGGGGACAGGGCUGGCAGGGUCAGGGCCACUGAGGAAGGCCCGGUACCACCGCUGGAGGCACCCAUUUCUGGACAUCAUGACACCAUAUCUGCCGUUGCUAUGUCCAAUACUUGCAUUUUAACUGGGAGCACUGAUGGACUCAUUCAAGUGUGGAAGUGACUCUGGAGGCUUUCGGUUUAAGGGGCGGGGGAAAUUGGUAGGUAGGCACGGUCGGCUGGAAUUCGUGGAGGAUGACUGGAGGCACAGGCAUUUUCGGUGAAUUUUCCGGAAUUUUUCACGAUCUCCAGGGGUGAAAAAAUUUAAGUGAAAAAUUAACGAAUUCGAGAGAC